GGUCAAGUUCUGGGGAUUUGUGGAAACGUCGGAAGUGGGAAGAGCUCGCUCAUAUCAGCCAUACUAGGACAGAUGCACCUGCACCGAGGGACAGUUGCCGUGGACGGGACUUUGGCUUACGUGUCUCAGCAGGCGUGGAUAUUUCAUGGGAGUGUCAGAGAAAACAUCCUGUUUGGAGAACCCUUUGAGGAGCAAAGGUACAGAUAUGCUGUCAGCGUUUGCAGCCUGAAAUCAGAUCUGGCCAUCCUUCCAUACGGAGACCUGACUGAAAUCGGCGAAAGGGGGCUUAACCUUUCCGGAGGUCAGAAGCAGCGCAUCAGCUUAGCUCGCGCCGUGUACGCCAACAGAGAUAUCUACCUGCUGGAUGACCCUUUGUCCGCCGUGGACGCACACGUCGGGAAAAACAUUUUUGAAAAAUGCAUCAAAGAAGCCCUGCAAGGGAGAACAGUGCUGUUGGUGACUCAUCAGCUGCAGUAUCUAGAGUUUUGUGAUGAAAUCAUAUUGCUGGAGGAUGGAGAAAUACAUGAGAGCGGCACCCACACGGAGCUGAUGGAAGCCAAAGGGCGCUACGCUCAUCUCAUCCAGAAUCUGCACAUGGAGGAGACAACACCUCCGAACGACGAUUUCAAAUUUAUUUCAAAUCCCAUGACCGGAACGCCAGAGGAAGUCCAGGCGAACGCCACAGAAGCAAACGGCAAAGGAAUCGACAGUCCUGUCUUUGAUAUGUCUGAUGAGAGAAUGCAGGAAGCCAAGAAGGACCCCGAAGAAGCGAAAGACCCAGCCCCUGCCAACCAGCUCGUUCAGAAGGAGCAGAAGCAAGAAGGCUCCGUGUCGUGGAAAACCUAUCACACUUACAUUAAGGCAUCCGGAGGUUUCAUUUUGUCGUUCUUCAUGGUGCUGCUCUUCGCUCUGAUGAUUGGCUGUUCGGCGUUCAGCAGCUGGUGGCUGAGUUUCUGGCUGGAACAGGGCUCAGGGGCCAACUGCAGCUCGGCCGGGAACGCCACCUGUAACGCAGGGAGCAUAACCGAAAACCCCAACCUGCACUUCUAUCAGCUGGUCUAUGGGAUGAGCAUGGUGUCCAUGAUUGUCCUGAGCAUCAUCAAAGGCUUCGUUUUCACAAAGACAACACUGAAGGCUUCGUCGACGCUACACAAUACCAUGUUUCGCAAGAUCUUACAGAGUCCCAUGAGCUUCUUUGAUACGACGCCUACUGGCAGACUAAUGAACCGGUUUUCGAAGGAUAUGGACGAAUUGGACGUGAGGCUCCCGUUUCACGCGGAGAAUUUUCUGCAGCAGUUUUGCAUGGUGCUCUCGAUCCUCGUCAUCAUCGCUGUCGUGUUUCCUAUCCUCCUUAUUGUUGUGGCCGUCCUAAUGAUUGUUUUCGUUCUCCUCUUCCAGAUUUUUCAGAAGGCCAUCCGGGAACUGAAACGUGUGGAAAACAUGAGCAGGUCUCCGUGGUUCUCUCUGAUAACUUCUUCGGUCCAAGGCCUUAGUACGAUUCAUGCCUACAACAAGAAGGAUGAUUAUAUCACUCGAUUUAAAGAGCUGAAUGACGAGAACUCAGGCCACUUCAUGCUGUUUAACUGUGCGCUGCGGUGGUUUGCAGUGAGGACCGAUAUCCUCAUGAACAUUGUGACUCUGAUCGUGGCUCUCUUCGUCGUCCUCUCGCCAUCUUCCAUCAGCGCCGCAGCAAAAGGCUUGGCUCUAUCUUACAUUAUUCAGUUAAGUGGGCUCCUUCAAGUGUGUGUAAGAACGGGAACUGAGACCGAAGCUAAAUUUACAUCCGUCGAGCAGAUCAUGGAAUAUAUCACGGACUGCGUUCCCGAGGAGCCGGAGGGUGCCAAGCUUGUCAGCCCUCCCCCAAGCUGGCCAGACCAGGGAGAAAUCACGUUUCAAGGAUAUCACAUGAAAUACAGAGAAAACAGCCCCUUGGUUCUCACUGACAUAAACCUGAGCAUUCGGGGCCGAGAAAAAAUCGGGAUCGUCGGCCGGACGGGCUCCGGUAAAUCAUCCUUAGGAGUGGCCCUGUUUCGACUCGUAGAACCCGCUGCCGGCACCAUCCUGAUCGAUGGGGUUGACAUCUGCACCAUAAGUUUGGAAUCUCUCCGGACAAAGCUUUCAAUCAUUCCUCAAGAUCCCGUUCUGUUUGUAGGUACAGUAAGGUACAACUUAGAUCCUUUUAACAAUUACACAGAUGAUCAAAUCUGGCAAGCUCUGGACCGAACGUUUAUGCAAAACACAGUUUCCAAACUGCCAGGAAAGCUUCAGGCAGAAGUUGUUGAGAACGGAGAAAAUUUCUCCGUGGGGGAACGGCAGCUACUCUGCAUGGCGAGAGCGCUCCUUCGGAAUUCCAGAAUCAUACUUCUGGAUGAGGCCACAGCUUCCAUCGAUUCUGAGACUGACACGCAGAUUCAGCAGACCAUCCAAGAAGCUUUCAAGGACUGCACGGUCCUGACCAUCGCUCACCGAAUAAACACCGUCCUCGAAAGCGACCGCAUUUUGGUUAUGGACAACGGAAAGGUCUGCGAGUUCGGGAAGCCGGAGGAGCUCACGCAGAAUCCCGACUCUGCGUUUGCAUCGCUCCUGUCUGCCAUGAACAAAGUCGCAUCGUAA